CGAAAAGAGACGAGAACUCCCAUUGUGAGACCCACUCUCCACAUUCCACAUUCAUGUUCUUCCUUUUCCCCGCCCACUUCUCUCUCUAUCUCUCUCUUCAACAAAUCACAACAAUAAACCCCAUAAAACCGCUAUUUCAAUACGUUGCGUCUACGAUCCCUUUCCAUUGAUCCACCAAAUUUCCCUGAUCCAACGCCAUUAACUUCCUGCUUAAGCUAACCUAACUCCAAAACUAAUCCAAACAGAAAAAAGGUAUCCUGUCAACAAUUUCUGAAGUUUUAAGGUUUUUUUAAUGAAUACAUUAAGAGAAGAAGCCGUUAAAGAUGGUGGUACUCAGAGAAGGAAAUCCAUAGGUUCUAGUGGUGGUGUUGGGGGCGGUGGUGGUAAAACGAGGCGGUACUCGAUUGGUGUAACAAGUGCUCGGAAGAGUAUCGGAGAAGAAGGUAGCAAUGUUCCCAAUUAUCUUAGAGCUUCCACUGGCUCUUGUCAUGAUUUUUGUAAAUUUGGGAAGAAACAUGAACACUCAAAGUCUACAGUUCCUGUAAAGUUUAAAGCAACAAGAGUUGUUAAGAAAGACGGAUUUACAAAAACUGUAGUCACAUUAGAAAAGAAGAAGACGACACUCAAGCCUUCUACAGAUUCUGAAAGCUUAACACCUGAUGAACAUGUUAAGGUAACCAAAAAGGUUGUUUUGUUACCCUCUAAGAAACAGAAUUCUUCAACAAAUGGAAAAGCAACGAAGAAUGAGCUUAAAGCGGUUCAACUGUCUGCUUCUGUUGCGAAAACAAGUCCGGUUGUGGUGAAUCGCAAAGGGUCUAACGGCGGGGUUAAAACGGUAGACGUAAAAACUGUCAAAAAGACAGGUGUGUCGCCUAAAACUGGUGGCGAUAAGGUUAAAAAGGUUGCUCCUAAAGCUACCCUGAAUGAGUCACAGUCCCCUAAAGCUUCUUUCCGUAGGGCUGCAAAUUUGAAUACGGUAAAACACAAGGGCGUUAAACAGGUCAAACAGGUGUCUCCUUUAAAAGAUCAAAACAGGAUGCAAAAAACCAAGUCUAAACAAACAGUUGAUGACAAUGUGCAGACAAAAACCUUGCUUGGUGUUGCGGCUGAACCCGAGGUCAAACCUGAGACCAUGGAGUUUGACUUUAUUCAACCAUCACUGGAAUCGAUCAAUAAUCCAAUUUGCGACAGUUCUGAGUCUUUUUCGGGCAAGAACGUUGUAAACGAAGAGUCAGUGAUCAAACAUCCAGUUCAUGAAAGCUCUGAGAUUUUUUCAGAUAAAGAACUUCUAGAAGAAUCGUUAGCCGCACCUGCUGUUGCUGAAAGCUCACAAUCAUGUUCAGACAAAGAGGUAUUAGAAGAAGAGUCGUUAACCGCACAUCCUUUGUCUGAAAGCUCUGAAUCUUUUUAUGACGAUGAGGUUCUAGAAGAAGAGUCUGAAUACACUGAAGACACUGAUGAUGAUGAUGAUGAUAAUGGUGAAGAGGUUGAGGUAUUAGAAGGGUCUGAAACCGCUGAUGUUAAUGAAAUGGAAACGUCAGUUGAGAAUCAAAACAAGAUCCCAAGAAAGGGCAGAAUGGUAAUUUCCGAAGACAAAGAUGAUAAAGCAGUAAAGUUACGGUUCAGGAGGGGAAGGAUUAUUGAUAUUCAGUCCGAGGAUAACAGUCCGAGAAGGCUCAAAUUCAGAAGAAGAGUUACUGAGGUUACCGAAGACGGUCAAAAUAUUGCACGAAGAACUUAUAAAAACAAAACUUUAGAUGUUCGGACCGAUAUUAACAUUAACGGUCCUAGAAAGCUGAAAUUCGCAAAAGGGAAAGUAACGGAGGGUAAAGAAGACAAACAACGCGUUUCCAGAAGAAGCUUUGAGAAGAAAUACGUCGAAGAAAACAAAGAUUCCAACAACGGCCCUGAAAGCGUUGUUUUGAAGCAUCAAGGUGAGCAGGGAAAGAAAGACGCUCAAGGUUUGUUGAACAACGUGAUAGAAGAAACUGCAAGUAAGCUUGUGGAAAGCAGGAAGAGUAAAGUGAAGGCAUUGGUUGGUGCUUUUGAAACUGUGAUCUCUCUACAAGAUGGGAAACCUUCUUCCACGUGACGAAAAUGGUUCGUUCCUUUUUGCAAGAAAUCGGGUUUUGUAAAGAAAAUGUAGAUGAGGAGCCUGGUGAUUGUGAUGGGAGUUUUACACAAACAAGUAGGAUGAUUUGAGGUUACUUCUUUGAGCUGGUAAGUGGCUGCUUUUGUUUUUGAUGUUUCUGUUGACUUGUGUCUGAAUAAAUAAAGUGACAAUCUUACGCGUCUGUGACUAUCGGUCUAGUAAUAAAAAAAACUUGUGCAUACGGUUCGGUUUUGGUUUUUGGUUGCAUUGAUCAAGUCUAGGUUUGUGGAAUGAUGUUGACAAUCUUACAUUAAUAUUAUGCAUUUUGUUUAACUUUGA